UAAGGAAACGGCUGAAUGCCAAGAGCCUGUUUUAGGUGUGGGCCGUGUGUGUUCGCAGGUUUUUGUUUAGUUUUUGGGUAGGGGAGGCGCACAUGACACUAUAAAAGCUAAUAUCGGCCCGUUUGUGGAUGAUUGAAGUUUUUUGGUUCGACGGUACAGUGAAAAAUCGAAUACGGCGCGAUGAGGGUCCUCUACUGUGUCUCCGUACUCUACAUCAUAGCCCUCGCCCACUGCGGUGUCCUCACCCAAAUUCCUACAGCGGUCACGACCUCCCAGAGAAUAGGCGGCAACUUCGCUUACAGCACCGUAGAGAGCGCUGCCGUCCCCUCGAUCGUGCACAACGCCGUACCCAUCACCUACGCCACUGCGCCUCUAACCGUGGCCCAACCGCUGUACACCCAGUCGAUCUUCGGAUCGCCUUUCCUCAACCCCAUCAUCUCCUCACCUUUCUAUCCAGGAAUAGUGGGUCAAGCCCCCGUUAUAGGGCAAGCCCCCAUAUUUGGUCAACCUGGCGUAGUGGGUCAAUUACCCGGACAAGGUCAAGGCCCUAUUCAAGCUCCCGUAGCCGCCCCGUCACCGGGAAGCCCUCAGGGGCCCGCACCUCCACCACCUGGAGCCACCGUUGAUGAUGACACCGUGUCCGUGGAGUCGGCAUGAUUUAUUUGUAUAUUAGUUUUUUUUAAAUAAAGGUUUGUGUACAUUUUUAAAAUUGAAAGUCACCCAAGGCAACAUUUGAUGCUUAAAUAAACUAGGUUUUUUGUUUUGAUUGCGGUAAACUAUGGUAGUUUACAGCAAAGCGUUCUUUAUGUAUUUUGGUUAGAUGUGUUACAAAAUGGUUGCGUGUUUCUUUUUUAGAGACCGUAGAUAAGUAAAAUUGUAUAAUAAAUCCACAAAAAUGCUAUUUCCAAACUGUAUAGUACAAUAGUUAAAGAAUUCGUUCGAAUUAGGUACCUUUUUCACAAAUAAACAAAUAUACCAUGUU